GACUGCUGAUGUUGGAGUAGCUGGAGAGGGUCAAUGUGUUUGAGUCCACUGGAGCUACAGGUUUGACUGAGCCACAUGCGGACACUGAAUGUCAGGCUAGUCAGCAGCAUGAGGCGGCACUAAUUAAUAGCGCAGCACUGGGCAGACGACUGGGUGCUGGAUGGUCUCUGUACCCCGACAGAGAGGACAGGACGUGCGCGGGUCAUAGACUGUGUGUACGCCAAAUGACAUGCGAGCCAUUAUAAUGUGGUCCAACAACUUACGCUUCUCGUUUGGAAACCAGUGGUCUUAGUUAUUUGGCUAUACCAUUUCUUCACCCAUCCAUGUUCUUUACCAAGGCACACAGGACCAUAAGGACAUGAGCUUUCAUGGUUACAACAACGCCGUAAUGAGCAGCAAAGCCUUCUGCACUGUGUUAAUUGGACUUAUUUUAAGACUCAUGGUCUGUGAUGCAGAAUGUGAAAAUAAUUUUCGUAAAAACAUAACAAGAUGUUUAUUUAAAGACCAUUGGAUUGCGGUCAAGAACUUCACACCUCCUGCUGAAUCUGAAAAGGACGAGCAUAUUUUACUCUCUGUCAUAAAUACUCUUUGUUCCACCUGGAAGCAGAAUGGAGAAAGACUUAAGAAUGAAUGUAGGAAUGAUGCAAGGAACUGCACUGAUUGCCUUGAAAAAGUUAUGUGGACAUAUGGAAAUAUCCUGAAACGCUUUGCAAGGCUGAACAACUCAAACGAAACAGAUAAUAUUACCAAGUUUUGUGAGAACUAUACCUGCAAAGAUUCCUAUACAACAUAUUUUAUCAGAACAAUUGACUUUGUGGACAUCUGUUAUAAAAUAUGCAACUGGAAUGAAUCAUUGUCAGCUGGCAUCCCAAAGUGCCCAAACAUACAGAAUUCUACAACUUGUUCGUGCAUUAUCAAGGAAGCCACCCAUACCACUAUACCAUCUACAAAUGAAAAUGUGUCAUCUCACUUUUCUGUUCCUGUUCCUACUACUAUGAGUAAGUGUCCUCCACCACAUUCUAUAAACUGA